AUGCCCGUACAAUUAAAAGGAAGCUGCCAUUGCGGCGCAGUAAGGUUUAGCCUCGAAUCCAGCACCCCCGUUCCUUACCAGCUUUGCCUCUGCUCGAUUUGCCGCAAAGUGGGUGGUGUCGGAGGCUCUAUCAAUUUGGGUGGACACAGCAAGAGCCUGCAAGUGGAAGGGAAGGAAAACAUAAGCGUUUAUAAAGCAGUCAUGAAUCGAGAUACACCCAAAGAAAAGAUCGCAUCGUCCGAAAGGAACUUUUGCAAAAAAUGCUCUUCUAUGCUCUGGCUCUACGACGAAUCUUGGCCUGAUUUAAUUCACCCUUUUGCGUCUGCCAUUGACUCGCCUGAGCUUGAAUCUCCAGAGACGUUGACCUGCAUCAAACUUGAUUCUAAGCCCAAAUAUGUUCGCCUGCCCGAAGGUGACAAAGAAGUAUACGAUGCAUAUGGCCCCGACUCCAUCGAGGGAUGGCACAAGAAGCACCAUGUUUUCAAAGGAUAA